UUUGACGAAUUUCGCCCCAAAUUGUAUUCGGAGUUGGCAGCACCCUCUCAGAUUACAAUGAAACUUUCUGGGUAUGUACAUCAAGACUAGAUAAGCCACUUUGCAUACUUAGUUUCUUCAAAAUUUAUCUGGACUGACUUUUGAAAAGGGCUAAACUUUUUUUAUGGAUUUUUUAAAAAUGUUUUUAAUCAAAAAAUGACUACUCCUACAAAAAAGUGUUGUAUGGGUGAUUAUCACAAAAUAAGUCAAAUUUUAAGAAAAAAAUACUGAAAAAAAUCCAAAAUGAGCCCUACACUGAAAAAAAUCAUUUCUAAAAAUUCAAAGUUGAUUUAAAAAAAAACACCAUUUUUGAUUUUGAUGAAAUUUUGUCUCAAGACAGGUAAUUAUGUUUCCUACCAACCGUCCAUACAUCACAAGAUAGGCACUUUUAAGGAAAAAAAGUUUUUCUAACAAAAACUUUUUCAUGUCCAAAUUAUUAUUUUUUCAGUGUCUUUUUUUAAAAACAAACUAAACCAGUGAAGGUUAUCUAGUAAUCUCAAAAUGCAAUGAAACUUAUUGUGUCAUAUGCGACAAUGCAAUGCACCCAUAUUCACGCAGCAGCACUCUAGAAGUACGAAACAAUAUACAAUUAGAACACGCAUUUCAUACGUGUUGCUGUAAUUUCUACCCAAACGUUUCUACCCCAUGUUCUUACCUAAUAUUAGGUAAGGCUAUUUCUGGAGCUCGAUUUGAAAAGGUCGUAUGUGCUUUUGUCGAUUAAAAAAUCGAUCAGUUAGAUUCGCUAAUUAUAGCGAAAACCGUUGAAAUUGAGCAAAGUUGAUACAUACGGCAGAAUCCUCACAAAACAGGCUUUCUGUUCCAUCAUUAAAAGUUUACAAAAUAUCUGCCGUAUUGCUACAAUGACUAAAAUAAACCGAUCGAAUUUUAUAUCGACAAAAGCACAUACGACCUAUUCAAAUCGAGCUCCAGAUUUAUUAGAUUCGAACUACCUAAUCGAAAAAAAAAAAUCAAGAGUUGUACCUAAAGCAAAUAUGAACAAAACAAGAAAAUGAAUCGGUAUCAUUCAACGUGUUACUUCUCUUUGGUUAUUAAAGGCAGUUCUGAAAAGUAAUGGAUCAAUCGUAUAAAUCAAAAUUCAACAAAUUCAAGUGCAUAGCAUAGCAUGAAUACUUGCACAAAUCUUGGAUGGAGUUGCAAAGUUGAAUAUAUCCAUUGACAUUGCUGAUGUCGCUACUAUAUACAAUGUCAUAGAUCAACUCAACUCCACACACUUGGCCAAGUCCUUGCAAGCAUUUAUAAAUCCCUUCAUCAACUUAGAAAGAGCCCAGAACUGAAGCAGCUUCCAAUAGAUGAAAGGAUGUUGAAAAUAGCGAAUUUUCAACUUCUAUGUAGGUUAACAAAUGUAUAUAUACUGAAGUAGAAUUAUCAUGAGAAUUAUUGUUAAAUAAAUAAUAUUAGAAAGAUCUCACCAAUUGUUUCGUGGUUUUUGUGGUUCCAUGCCGCUCAUCUAAUUGUAAGCAUGCUAUUGUAAGCAAAAAAGCACGGAUCAAACAAAAACAACGAAAAUGAACGCAGAUUUGAAAAUAAUUUACGCUUGAAGAGCCACUUAAAAAAACGAUUCCGGGCGGCUGUUUAGAACGAACUUACUAAAUAGUUCACAAAAUAGUGGAUUUGACUGUAAAGGUUAUGUACGCCAUUUCAUAAAUGUAUAAAAAGCAUUAAAUUUAAAAGGAACUUUCUCACCAAUUUUGAAACAUCUUUGUCGAAGAAAUAUCGCUUGCCCUUUCCGGUCGCGGGGAAGAAGUGUCCCAGUAAUGCUUUGCGUCACGAUAAUCCAGCGGACGUUCGUUCGCUUGCGCCAUACCAUUACGAUCACGAGCAUCAUAAGGUUUUCGUUACCCAUACACUUUUCCCUCCAUCUUCUUGAGGACGUAACUCCCGUCGCGGCACUCUGAUCUUCAUUCUCUUCCAGAGUGCGUAAUCACUUUCACCGAAAAAACACACUCUUUGGUUUCCUACCAAACAACGCGCUUAUUUAAUUACCGCUUGAAACCGAAAUACUAAUAACAGUCCCAAAGGGCAGAAUCAGCUUCCAAAUUUCUUGAAAAUUCUGACAGGCGGAAGGCAAAAACACAGUACGAGAGAACUCCACGUCUAUAUUCGCGCGCGGCACACUACGAUCAAUCUGUACUUGGUUUUGAUCUCAAAAAUUCAACAAAUUCAAGUGCAGUGCAAAAAUAAACAAUCCAAAGUGCAACCGUCAUAAUCUACGGGGCAUGUCAUUAAUAUUGAUAGAUAAAAUUCAUUCCAUGGGAUAUACACAUGAAAUCGACGAAUCGAUGAGUAUUUGUGAGUCAUGUCGUGGAUUGAUAAGUCACAACAGAAGCCCGAAUACGAAAAAACGCCGAUCGGAUGGAAACGACGAAACUAUGCAACCAGAACCGUCAACGAGUGGUCAACAAAUCGAACAUGAGCUGGAUAUGGUACCAUCUAUUCCAUCAUUGGAGUCAAUUCCGUCAACAGAUCAACUACAGGGUCCCCAUAAUAUUGAGAAGUUUAAUACCAUUGCUGAAACAUUGAGUUUAUCGCCAAUCUCAUCUAGAAACAUGAGAAGUAUGGAAUAUCGCAUAAACAAAUCAUUGCAGAUUACGAAAGCAGUUCGAAAAAAUAUCUUCGGAAUAGAUUCAACGGAUGUUGGCAAAGUGGAGGCGUAUGACGAGAUAAUUAUGCAGUUAAAGGAUAAGUUCAAUCACCCUACAACUGACAGAAGCGAACAGAUUAAAAUACUAUCUGUACUUCCUAAGUCUUGGUCGUUAAAUAAAAUCACAAGAGAGUUUAACGCACCAAUGUAUAUGGCGAGGCAGGUGAAGGAUCUUAUUUAUGAACAGGGUAUUCUUUGUACCACCGAAAAAAGAAGGGGGCAUGGUAUUGAUGACGAUACAAAACAAAUAGUAAGAGAAUUUUUUGAUGAUAAUGAUAUCAGCAGGCCAAUGCCAGGAACAAAUGAUUUUGUUUCUGAGGUUCGAAAUGAAAAAAAACAACAAGUUCAAAAACGACUUUUGAUGAUGUCGCUCAAAGAGGCUUAUAUGAUUUUUGUAGAUAUGUACAAAACUGUGAAUAUUGGUUUCACAGUAUUUACACAGUUGCGACCAAAGCAUUGUAUUUUACUUGAUUCUACUGGUAUACAUAAUGUAUGCAUAUGUACUAUUCAUGAAAAUGUAAAUUUAAUGUUCAACAGUAUAAGAAUUGUGUCACAAGAUGAAAUAAUACAAAAAAUGCUUUGCGAUAUUUCCACCAGAACAGAUAAUUGCCUUUUCCGUGCUUGUGAAAAGUGUGCUUGUAAUGAACACAUUGAAGAGGAACUUACAUUGAUAUUAGAAUCAAAUGACAAAGAAGAGAUUAUAUUUCAGCAGUGGUUGAAUACUAAUCGCUGUAAUUUAGAAACGAUUAUUAAACCUGUUGAUGAAUUUGUUCCGUAUCUUGUUGAUAAAAUUGACAAACUUAUAACACACGACUUUAUUCAUAAACAACAAUCAUCAUUUCUCAGAAAUAAAAAAGAUACAUUAAAGGAUGAUGAAAUUCUUGCGAUUUGUGAUUUCUCUGAAAACUAUUCAUUCAUAAUUCAAAACGCUGCUCAAGGAUAUCAUUGGAACAACUCGCAAGCAACAAUACACCCAUUUGAAAUUUACUAUAUGAAAGAUAAUAAACUUGUAAAUGUUAGCUUCAUUAUCAUAUCGGAAGUAAUGGUUCACGAUACAGUUGCGGUCCAGUUGUUCAUCUCAAAAAUGAUAGAUUUUAUGAAACAAUUAACGAACUUUUCUAAAAUUUAUUUUAUGUCUGAUGGAGCAGCAUCACAAUACAAAAAUAAGAAGAACUUUGCUAGUCUAUGUAGAUUCCAGUCAAAGCAUGCAUUAAGAGCAGAAUGGCAUUUUUUUGCAACGUCCCACGGUAAAGGUCCAUGUGAUGCUAUUGGUGGCACUCUCAAGCGAAUGGCAAAGAGAGCAAGUCUUGCUCGAGAUUAUGGAAAUACCAUAACAACUCCACGAGAGUUAUAUAACUGGGCAGUUGUACAGACAGAUAAAAAUAUAACUAAAUUAAAUUUCUGUUACGUAUCCACUGAACAGUACAUUAAAAUGUCAGAAGAUCUCGAAGAAAUAUAUAAUAACGCCAAAACAAUACCAGGCACUCAGAAAUUCCAUAGUUUUUUGCCUAUUCCUGGCGACAAAGUAAAGGCAAACAGGUACCGUAAAACGGGGUAUCUUUGAUAAUGCGGGUAACUUUGAUAGUACGGCAGGCAUUGUAUAAUUUAUCCUAUAUCUCUGAUUCCUUCAACCAGUUAAGAAAAAGGUAAACGUAAAUCAAUUCUAUACAUAUGAAAGUUCAUCUUAGACGAAUUUUCAUUAAAAUCUAGUUUAUAUACAACUUUUUCACAAAAAAUAAAAAUUGUUGAUAUUUUUGUCAUUUAUCAACCCCUUCAAACAAACUGCUAUACGACUUCGUUAAAACUAUUUUUUCAAUGAAUUGACUCUUAUUCUCGAUAGAUUCAUCAUAGUAGAUUCCAAAUCUGGCCUUGAAUCUCUUAACGAAGUGUGUUUUUAUGAAAUGGAAGCAAUUUUGUAAAAUGUGACAUAAAUCUCCAUACAUUGAUAAACGCCUAAAAGUAUGUAAUGCCCUUGUAAUUUCAUGUAGAUAAAUAUGUGUUGUUCUAAAUUUGUUAAUAAAACAUUAAAAAACUACUCAAAAAAGAAAACUAACCAUGCAUAGCAUGUAAUCAUAUGUUGAUGUACCGUUAAGCAUUCAUUAUUACAAAGAUAAUGAUUUUUGAUAGCUAAAUUUAUUGUGAUUUGCACUCAAUACUCCACAAACUCAUUUUUAUAUGUAGAGUUUAGUAAAAUAUCACUGUUUUGAUAUAAAAAUUCUAUCUAAUAUAUUCCACAAGCCUUCUCUCAUCAUGUUCAUACGCUUAAGAUUUCAAUCUGUGAUUAUUUUUUGAGAUUUGAUGGGUUUUUAGGGCAUUAUCAAAGUUACCCCAAAAUGAAAAUCUGAUUUUCGGUUAUAUGAAAAACUAAAAGUUAUCUAAAAUAUUUCAGAUUAUCGAAUCUUUUAAUUGCAAUUGAUAACUGAUACCCCAGUACUUGUUUUAAAAAUAUAAAACUCGGGGAAAUACUGUUACAUGUAAAAAUAUUGAGAAAAUUCGCUGAAAAACUAUCAAAGUUACCCCAUUUUACGGUACUCUAAUUCAGAAGAUGAACCAAAAAUAUUUAGUAUGAUCGGAAAAAAUAGAAAAGAACAUGUUUG